AGACAUUCCAGAUGUGGGAAAGAGCCUGGUCUGGCUCUGUUGCAGCCACUUUCUACCUCUUGCUGAAAAUGCACACUGCUGCUUUGGGAUUUUUUAACCUCUCAAGAAGAAAUCUUGGCUUUAAAAUUGGCUUUAUUGUUUUCCUUUUAUUCAAUACAAUUUCAGGAUGCAGGCAGUCAGACGACAAGGAGGGCUGGUUGGGUUCCAGUAUUCCAAGUGGAAAGAUUUCAAGUGUUUGGACACUAAUUUGUUUGACUCGACAGUAAAAUGUUGAAGCCAGCUGAUGCAUUUAUACCUCAGCAGCAGUGGGAGGAAAAUAGCUCUUGUGUUUCACUUGUGGAUUAUAAAGUAAUUUGUUAAACUGUUGCAAGUACUUGUCAGACUUUUGCUUGCACUUGCAACAUUUCCAGCAGGGAGAAGCAGUUAAUGCCUUUUGUUGUGCCCACAUGUUUGUGAUGUUAUCUGGCCUUGCACAGGUUUAAGGUGAAGUUACAUCACUGCCAUCUGGAAAUUAUUAUCACAAAGAAAUCUACGUGAUGUAAGAUAGGAAAACACAUAUGGUCAUGUGGUCUGGCCCUGGUCCAAAUCUAAUUCCAUCACUACAGGGGGAAAAAAAGUCGUACCUUAAAAGGUUGACUGAGAGAAACAGAUACACAGAGAGAGGGAGGCAGAGAUAGAGGGAGUAUUUCCUCUCAUCUUAUCAUGAAGUCGUCUUCCCCUUCCUGUAUUUGGUCCUGUUUCAGUCACAGUCCAGGAGACAUAAACAGUGAACACGCUGGAUCUGCUCUGUCGUUUCAGACACGGGGUCAUCACGCUGCAUCAUCAUCCCAGCCUCAAACUCUCUGCAGGAUGUCCGAGGGAGACGUGACAGUCCUGCCAUUCAAUCCUGCAGCUCUGGAUCUAUCAAGACAGGAGAGCCGGACACUUACAAGGCUGUACAGCAUGAACGGAGGAUAUCACCUGAGGAUUUUACCUGAUGGGACUGUGAGUGGUGGCAGGCAGGAAAAUGACCCAAACGAAGUCCUGGGCCUGAAGGCUGUGAGUGUAGGAGUGGUGGUCAUCAAAGGCGAGUUGACUGGAAGAUACCUCGCUAUGAACAAAAAAGGACGCCUCUACGGAUCACAAGCACUGAACGAUGAGUGUUACUUCCUGGAAAAGUAUGAAGAAAACAACUACAACACAUAUCGCUCUCAAAAGUACAACUGGUAUGUCGCGCUGAAGAGGAACGGCCAACCCAAAGCAGGACCUGACACCCACCAGGGUCAGAAGGCCGUCUUUUUCCUGCCGAGGCCUGCAGACAGCAUGUAAAGAGAGACAUCAGCAGGAACUGUGGACAUGCUCACUGAAGUCUUUAUGUGCACAUUAACUGAUCCAGGCAAAGUUUCCCAUCAAAAGGUUGGUGUAAACCAGUACCAGUAAACAAGGCUGUGACGCCUGGGGCAAAGACUAGCUGUUUUUACAGGUAGUUCAGGCUUUAAUUUGAUGUAUAUCAGUUAAUUGUUUUUAUUCCUCUGCUUUAUGGUCAAGUUAAGCACCUUACAUUAAUAAUAACUGGGAUACAGUAUUAGCUAAUAUCUGUUCUUCCUAUAUGCACAUUCAGUCCCUUAAACUGCAGAGAGAGAACAUUUCUGUGAAGUAUAUCUGUUCAUGUCAGUCUUGAUAAAUAGAUGUUUACUUUGAACCCUGCUCUAAAAUACCACUGCUGGAGGACAGCACAAGCUGCUUUUACACAGAAAUAGUUUAACAGUUGAUCACGUCUGGCAUUAAAAGACUAUCAGGGCAGUAAACAUAAAAGGCAGACCAUCUGGAUUGAACUAAGAAUGAAGAAAGAAAACAAAAUCUCCAAAACAGGGAAUUAUUAAUAUAAUGACUUGAGUGCAUUGCUUAAUAAUACUGCAGUAUGGAUGGAUAUUUGCUACUUUUCAUCUCGAGCCAGUUUUGUGUUUGUUUUGUGACUACUUUUGGUCUAUUUGGAAUAGUGCAAAAGGUAAUUUUAUGAAAGAUAAAAGUUCUCCAACUUACAUAAUAUUAGAAUAUUAACUAUCGAUCACCACCAUAAGGCUAAUAGUGUUUUUGAAUACUUUAAAGGACCACUGUGUGAGGGAUCUACUGACAAUCAGAGUAAUUUCUAGAAAUGAAUAUUAUACUGUGUAUAAUCACCAGAAACUGUAAUUAUAUGAUUUUCAUUUCCUGAUAAAGCACUUGUUAUAUCUACAGAAAAAGAAGGGAUCCAUGGAGUCACCUACAUUACUCAGCCUGAUUGUACAAGCCAACUUCUAGUUGUCAGAGUAAAAGGCUCUCCUGUUGUUUCAGAGGGGAGACUGAAAAGAGAGAAUAUCAGUGGUUGUGGUCUGAAACUUAAACCUAAAUGCCACUUAUUCCAACUAACUGGUGUAUACACUAGACAAAGACAAAAUGAUAUAAUCGUUGUGCAACAAUGCUACUUCUAUUCAUAGAGGGGUUCUACUGACCAGAGUGAAGAAUGUUAAUGAUAGAUUCAAUAUAAUGGUAACUGUAUUUUCAGUAUGUGCUGGAUUCAAGUGUAACUUUGUUUCAGUGAGGUUAUUAUAAUUUUUUUUGUAUUUGAAAGAAUGAUGAAGCAGAAAAAAUACAACCAAGACUUAAGUGUGGAGCAUUGACUAUAAGUAAGAAGAGGGAAAAAGAGAGGGGCCGUAUUAUGGACUCUUCAUCUUUUCCAGACCACAGAAGUCACAAAAAGUUUUCUUUCACAGCAGCUGGUCUGAUCUUUAAAUGUUUAUCUAUAUUCAGUAAAAACACUAUUACUAUUACACUAUAUAGCUGUUACAUUAUUUUAGGUCAAAUGACUUUUGUGAAUAUUUAUAAAGUCUUUCUUGAUAAUAAUUAUUAUAAUAUUGCAGAAUGUUUUAGAUACUUUUAAAAUAAUAAUUUAUACGUUGAAGGAGUGGAAAGGCAACAUAAUCAUCAAGUAUUAUUAUUGUUUGAAGUGUAUUGAAAUGUAUCAUAUAAUUUAUCCUGUAUCCUGUCUAUAUAAACAAUGAAAAUGUUUUAUCCAGCAUCAAAUACAUCCGUUGCUUUCCCACUGAUAAAAUGUGAGUUUGUGAAACUGUAUGUGACUGUCUGUGUUUAUAAUAAAUUACAACGUUACAGGUGUUAAACAGAUGUGUUCGUCCUCUUCAACACAAACAUCAGUAAUAGCAAUGAUUAGCCACAAGGUGGGAGCAUUGAUUCAUGUUGAGUUAUUGUCACGUCGGUUUGGAACGAGGACUUAAAAAGUGUCACUGUUUCAAGUCUUUGUUUUUUCUAUCAUGAAGUUUAAAUGUCUCACCAAACCUCAGUCAAAACAAAACAUAAAUAAAUAUAAUAAAAAAAUUAGGCAAAUCUAAGAGACUGCAUGUGUGGUU